AUGGCACGGGAGCUGUUAAUCACGGGUCGUACCCAGAAUCUUCGCGAUGUCGAGUCCAACAAUGAGAAUAAGCGCUCAAACUGGCGCGAUUGGACCCUCAUCCUUCUGUGGGGUGUUAUUGGCUAUUCAUGCAUCAUUUUGACGGUGUUAUCGUACUCUAAUCCAGGGCUUAUAUUUUUCAAUGUCUUUUCAUUACUAUUUCGCAAAGAGAUCUCUCCAUUCUUCGCAUUCUCGCAAGGAACGGGUCAUUACUCUAAGCCUCAGGGUUUCAAGAUAGUCGCUCUAGUUCCCUUCCAUCAUCACGAGCGUACCGCAAUUUUGGACUGCUAUUUACAGAAAAAUCUAGUCCAUAAUAAUGGAUUUCUUGAUCAGGUCGUCUUUGUGCCGCAGACCGAUGACACUGUCAGCAUGGAAUGGUUGUACUCUAUCGUGAAUCAAACACCAGAGUAUAGUAUUUCUUCCCACGGCCAUGAAAUGGAGUGGAAUGUUGCAAAGGAUAAUAUGAUGUAUAUCCGAAUCGACGGCGAUAUCGUGUUCCUGGAGGAUAACGCCAUUUCAACAAUCGUGAAGACGAAACUCGACAAUCCAAGCACGCUGAUGGUAUCGGCUAAUGUGAUAAACGAGGCAGCUCUCGCAUUUCUUCACAGUCAUCCGGGAACUGCACUUCCAUAUCUGCCCGAAUUGUACCACGUGAAACAACCGUCCCGAUCAAAGUCGCAACUGAAGCAUGACUGGCGCGCUUCGAGUCUUCCACGCUGGCAGGGUCCACUGAACUUCAAAGUACACAAAGACUUUGAGCCACCAUUUGAAGGGCAUCGCUGGCUACUCCCCAGAGACGCGGGCUCUGACCGAGAUCCUAUCGCGAGAUCCGUAUACACCGACACUGGUCCGACCCUGCAUGACUGGACUGUUGGUGCGCAGCAACAUUACUCCUUCUUGCACCACUUGGAAGACAAUAAUUUAGGCCGUUAUAAGUUCCCGAUAUGGGUCGAUCCAACCGAGCCCAUUAGCGAGAACUUUGGGUGCUUCUGGGGUAAUGAUGCAGUGGACUUGCACCGUAUUUUUCGCAACGAUCACCAAAACACAUCCUCCCACAAUUGGCAUAUGUCAGAUGGCUCUCCUCCGCAUGUUAUUAUAGAUGGCAAGGGCCUUGUUUCAUAUUAUUCUGCUCGCCAAGCUGUGGCUGGCCUGGACGCCACGGAUCUCAUCACUCGUUAUCGAGCCUAUGCACAGGAGAAAGUGUGUUUGCAGACUGAGUGA